AACUGUCGGUCGAAGAUGACGGUCGAAGAUGAAGCGAACUCUCGCGAGAGUUCCCGCAGUCCAGUAAACGCCACGUCCCCUGCGCAGCCUCCAUUAGCCUCCUGGUGCUCAGCGGGUUCCGGCACCUCACGGGUCUCACAGCCGAGCAGACGGAGCGGUACCGAGCGGCCCGACAGCCAGCGGCACCAGACACACUCUGGGGAUAACAUGGGCUGUCUACGUCUGCUGGCACUGACACUGGCCACAUCAGCAUUACUUCUGUUAGCCUCCCGUUCAACAUCCGCUCACUCCCAUGGUGACCACGGACAUGGCCACCAUCACCACGGCCACGCCCACGGAGAAGAUGAUCACCACGGACACUCUCAUGGCGAACAGGUGAAGAUGUUCCACGGAGCAAGCAAGUGGAGCGCACAGGCUAACGUGCCUGAGGACGACCACGGACACGACCACGGACACGACCACGGACAUGACCACGGACAUGACCAUGGACAAGCACACGGACACGACCAUGGACAUGACCAUGUACACGGACAUGACCACGGACACGGACAUGACCACGGACAUGACCAUGGACAUGACCACGGACACGCUCAUCAUGAAGAAGCUGUUCUUGCGCACAAGGAGGAGAGGGUGAAGCGAGAGGCCGACGGAGAGAAGCGGGACACGAUGGAGCUCUGGACGCAGGCUAUCGGAGCCACCCUGCUGAUCAGCGCGGCUCCUUUCUUCAUCCUGUUCCUGAUCCCAGUCCAGUCCAACAGCGACCAGCACCAGAACCUGCUCAAGGUGCUGCUCAGCUUUGCCUCCGGCGGACUACUGGGCGACGCCUUCCUCCACCUCAUACCCCACGCACUGGAGCCUCAUUCUCAUCAUGAAGACGAAGAGGAAGAUCACGGACACUCGCAUGCAAGUGAAGAGUCACAUGGUCACUCCCACGGAGCUGCGCACGACCACAUGAUGUCGGUGGGUUUGUGGGUCCUCGGUGGGAUCAUCGCCUUCCUGGUUGUAGAGAAAUUUGUGCGUCUGCUGAAGGGAGGGAACGGCCACGGACAUUCCCACAGCCACUCCCCUGCCGCUGCCAAGGAAAAGCUCAGUGAUGGAGAGGAAGACAAGGAUGAGAAGAAGAAAGGGAAAGCAAGCAAAGACAAGAAGGUGGCCACGAAAGAGGAACCGAUCACAGACAUCAAAGUUUCGGCUUACCUGAACCUGGCAGCCGACUUCACACACAACUUCACCGACGGCCUGGCAAUCGGAGCCUCGUUCCUGGUGAGUCCAGCAGUGGGCGCUGUCACCACGCUCACCAUCCUGCUGCACGAGGUCCCACAUGAGAUCGGGGACUUCGCCAUCCUCGUCCAGUCUGGAUGCACCAAAAAGAAGGCCAUGUGUCUACAGCUGUUGACGGCCUUGGGAGCCUUGGCUGGCACAGCUUGCUCCCUAUUGGCCGAAGGCGUGGGCGCCGCGGCGACUGCCUGGAUCCUGCCGUUCACGGCCGGAGGGUUUGUUUACAUCGCAACGGUGACGGUGCUCCCGGAGCUGCUGGCCGGCCGCUCCAGUUUCGGCCAAUCCCUGCUGGAGAUCCUGGCGCUGCUGUUCGGAGUGGGCAUGAUGGUUCUGAUCGCAGAGUACGAGUGAGACGCAGCAGAGACCACUUCUCGCAGAGUGAGACAGGAAGGGACAGAACAGAGGGACGGACACGGAAAAGGUCAAAGAGGUUGAAAAAGGCUCUUUUAAGUAGAAUUCAGGUGGAUUGUUUUUGUCAGGGUGUUUUUUCUUGUGUUCCAUUUAGGACCAAACGCCCCCCCGUUGAUGGCAUAUGGGUGAAUUUUGUUGUCCUGUGUUAGUUUGUUUUUUAGCAGUUCACGGUCACAUCCCUGUUUUUUUUGUUUUUUACUGUUUCUUUUUGAGAGGAAAAUAAUUUGUGUGGUGAAAACCGAUCAGCUGUGGCGACUGAGCGCUGGGAAGAAAGAGAACUGGUGGAAACGUUUGUGUUGCUCGCUGGGGGCCUUCAUCAGGACGGGAGGGGGAGUCCCUCUGUCCAUCGGCCCCAAUAUCCACUCCACAAUGUGACUGCAGCUUUAACUCCCUCCAGAAGUGGCUUAAUUCAUUUCACAGCCAAAACAAUGAAUAUAUAUCUGUCAAUCAACAAGUGGCUGCUCCUUAAAUCCACAUUUCAGAGUUGGUUCCAUGAAACAAGAGAAAGCUCAGUUAUACAUGUUUAAAUAUGAAUGUUGAUAUUUUUCAUUCCACAAAAUACAAAUAAAUGUGGCUUCUACCAAUGUGCUCAAAAUGUCGACAUAUGGACUCAUAAAUCAUUCCAAUUUUAAUUUAGUUUUAACUUUAAAUAUUCCUUAUUCUAUUUUCUUCUGACAAUAAAGCUUUAAAGUCUUCUCAGUGA